AUGUCGAGACCUUACUAUACGUGUCCCCAGAAGCAGCAAGAACAACGCAAUUUCUUCGCAGCAAUGAAGAUUUACUUCUCGCUGGCAUCGGAUUUUCUCCAGGUGUACUUUAAAAACUGCAAAGAGAGCCUAAAGACCAUUUGCGUUGCUCAUUAUCUAAAAAGCGUGGAUAUCGCGGUCAACGCGAGGGAUGUUUGUCGUUACUUGAACGACUACUUGAGAAAAUAUGGCCGGGGAAAUGAAUGGAAUAUUCGUCCAGCACAGGCAGAUGUGGUCUUUCGAGCUCAAAUGAGAGAGAAUUCACUAAGCAAUGACAAUCGCAGAGAAGAGAGGAGCACUGAAGUGGAGGAUGUCAGCAUGCCACCACCGCCAGCUGUGAUGCGUGUUGAUUAG